UGCCGAACCACGUAAAAUAUUGUGUCAGCGUGCUUAGCCUCUAAUUGGUAACUAUCAGUACAUCACCGGUCCGAGAAGGGGGAGCCGGAAUCCCCAAACAAUCAUCCCAGUCUGGUCUUUUUCAGGGGAAAUUUAUACUCGCAUGGGAGAUGGACAGCAGGAAAGUCAAGCUGCUGUGGCCGCAGGUUCUUCCAGUUAUCAAUCUAUGAGUACUAUGCAAACUCCUCGCGAUUCUUUGCAUUCGAUACCAUUUGAGCAGCAGGCAACUCUGUGCGAAGGGACAAUGCCUUCUUCAGAAAAUGCUGACAUAAUCGAGUUGAACCAAAUGAGCCCUGAGAGGAAUAGCAAGAAGGCAAAGUACUCCACCGAGAGUGAGGGUUGCAGACGUCGCAACUGUAAGAGAUCAAGAUGCUUGAAACUAUGAUGGAGUCCAGGAGUGACAAGUAAUAAUAUCUUUAAUGCCCUUAAGAAACGCGAAGCAAUGGCUGUUUUAUGAAUUUUUGGUUUUUAUGAAUUGAUCUUGCCCUAUUAAAAUAUGGUUGUUGGGGAUGACUCCCACCUUCUACAAUGGUCCACGGUCCCUUAAUUCCACAUACAAAGGAGAAAAUACCAAUUCAUCUAAGUUUGUGAACUGAGGCCUCAGCUUAUCAGACGGUGCAUUGAAAAAAUGAAAAUUAACAAUCCCUGCUAUUUUCCAAUCGUGUCGCCUUUAAUUUUUGAUACUGUGCAGUUAUUGUGAGUGCUUUGCUGCUGGAAAUUAUUGUCUAGAUACUUGUUCAUGUGAAAAUUGCUUUAACAAGUCUGAAUACGCGGACGCAGUUCUUCAUAUGCGGCAACAAAUUGAAGCUCGUAAUCCUCUAGCUUUUGCUCCUAAGGUUGUCAAGCAUACCACCAUCUCUCCAGUAAAUAUGAUGGAAGAAGGAAAUUGGACGAUACCAUCCUCUUCCAGGCACAGAAAAGGGUGCAACUGCAAGAAGUCAAAGUGUUCUAAAAAAUAUUGUGAAUGUUUUCAGG